GGAUGCGCGCGCCAUCCGCUGAGCAUGCGCAAGCGGCGGAGGCGGGACGGGAUUCGCCCUCAGUUAAUGGCGAACGGGCAGAGGGAAGAGUGAGUGUGUUAUUAUGUCCCGAUACAACCGGUGCGGUGGAGAAACCAAGGUCUAUGUAGGUAACUUGGGAACAGGUGCCGGUAAAGGGGAACUAGAGCGUGCAUUCAGCUACUACGGGCCACUGAGGACUGUCUGGAUAGCACGGAAUCCCCCUGGUUUUGCUUUUGUGGAAUUUGAGGAGCCUCGGGAUGCUGAAGAUGCUGUUCGUGGUUUGGAUGGCAAGGUAAUUUGUGGUUCGCGUGUUCGAGUGGAAUUAUCAACAGGAAUGCCACGCCGCUCACGCUUUGAGCGGCCACCAGCACGGCGGCCCUUUGACCCAAAUGAUCGAUGCUAUGAAUGUGGAGAAAAGGGUCAUUAUGCUUAUGACUGUCAUCGCUAUAGCCGACGUAGGAGGAGCAGGUCCAGGACUAGGUCACGUUCAAGAUCACGUGGAAGAAGAUAUUCUCGUUCUCACAGCCGUAGCCGUGGCAGAAGGUCCAGGUCAUUUUCUCCUCGGAGGUCCAGAUCAUUUUCUCCUCGGAGGUCCAGGUCUUUCUCUCCUAGAAGGUCCAGAUCUCUGUCGCCUCUGAGAAGAUCCAAGUCUCGCUCUCUUGUUCGAAGUCGCUCAAAUUCUAGAUCACAUUCACCAAAGCGAAGUCGCACACCAUCUGAAAAUUCUCGUAGAAGUGCAAGUCCUGACAGAAAUGACUAAGUGCAACUGGCAAAGCUAAACUUUAGAAUGAAUGUUUUUUUUGUUUACAUUCUUUGAAGUUGUAUGGGCAACCUCUGGUUCUUUUGUGGGGGUUUGGAUUUGAUUUUAAAUGUAAGGGCUUGUUUCUAACUUAAUUUUCAUGCUUCCUUUUUUUCCCUUUUGUGGAGGAAAUAUGGCGUGGGUAGGAAAUUUUUUAAAGUACACAUCCUAUAGAGACUAAAUUGAGUGAUCUGCAUUUUUCCCUGCAUAACUGUGUUGUAUUCUUUUGUUGUAAUAUCAGAUUCCUCAAACCAUUCGAAGUGUAUCACAUUUUUGUAUCUGGAAAUAGAAAUAAACAAAUUGUCCUGAAAAGUGUGUGUGUGUCUCUUAUUAUGUAUCCAGCACAGAAUCAUGGCAUUCAUUGAAAUACACUGUUACUUAUGAUAGUAAAAUGGAAGUUUGCCUUAGGAGUAGCUCAGGAAAUUGAGCAAUAAUCUUUACGGCAGACAAGAAAACAAGUACAGAUCUUAGGAUCACAAGGGUAGAUCUGGUAAUGCUGAUGAGAGUAUUACCAUUGUAGAAGCUUUGGUUCUGGGAUAGUAACUCAGUGUAACUUCCAAGGGCUGAUGCGUAUUGGAGAAAGUUGAAAACCCACUUUAGCCUCAGCACUAAUGCGGGAGGCAAUAUUCCUAGUUGUUGGGAUCAGUGUAGGGAAGGGCUAGACAGGAUCUUGUACUUUGUGCAUUACUAGGCCACAUAAUGAUGCAAAUUAUGUAUUGGUAUUUACUUCCUUUAGAUAAAGGUUUUAGUUACUCACCCACCAUCAAGUAUUAGGAAUUGCUUAAAGUUAUUGGAGAAAUCACAGGUGCAAUCAAACCAGUGAUUACAUGUGAUCAGACUCCUGCAACUGAAAACAACCACGCUCAUACAAGCAACAUACACAAAAUGCUGGAGGCAGCAUCUAUGGGGAAAAAAGUUACACAGGACACUACAGGCCCUUCUGUCAAAUGAGUCCAGGUUGACCAUAGUGCCCAAACUAAUCCCAAUUUCCCAUGUUUGGUCCAUAUCCCUCCAGGCCCUGCCCCCAACAUGCGCUUUUAAAAUGAUAAAACCUACUUGUUCUGGCAGCUUGUUCCAUAUACCUGCCACCUACUCCAUGAAAAGGUCCCCAAUUAUGCCCCUAAAUCUAUGCAUCCUAAUUUUGCUCUCCUUCCC